GAUCUCUCUCUCUCUCUCUGUGUCCGUCUCCGUCUGUGUUUGCUUAGUUUUAACCCCGGAAACUGAACAUGUUCACGGCGGCAGCUUCGUCAAGCGCGGGAAGAUGGCGGACGGCGUUUCUCUCUCUCAGGGACGAAAUCUUAACCACUCCACCGCCGCCGCUUCCUCUGUUGCUUCAGGAUCUACUCUUCUCUCAACCCCAUUCCCUUCUCUCUGCCGUCUCUCACCUCCCACCGCACGAGCUCACUUCCGAUUGCUUGUUCCUGCUCGAUUUGGUUUCUAAAGCUAAUGAUGGUCCUGACUGGAUCCCUGUCUCUCGUCAAACUUGUCAACUGAUUCACGGUGUUUGUGCUCGUGUACUUUUGCAACUAAAUUCUUCCUCAUGGCCGCUUCUUCUUCACUCUUUUGCUUGUGUCUUGGAGUUUCUUCUUCGCCAACCCAUGCCUUCACCCUAUUCCACUGCAUAUUUCUCCAGAAUCGAACCCGUGAUCCAAUGCUUCGAGACUUUAAGACGUUUGGCCGCUAUGUACCACAGAAAUAGCUCCCAUCUGGACAACAUUCAUCUAGUCAAGUUUCUUCUGCGCAUAAUUCCAUUAUUACACCAGGAUUUACUUUCAUCGUAUGGUUUCUCAAAACAAGACCCUCCUACUUUAGAUCAGGAAAAGAAGCUGCCUGAACAGCAUAGCUUAUGGGACUCCAUGGCUCUUGCCUUUGACAUGCUUGGUAGAGCAUUUUCUGUGUCUGAGUCUUUGUUUCCUACUGACGUCUGCCAAUGCACGCUAGAGGUUCUAAGGAAAGUAAUGGACGUCCUAGCAUCCAAGGGCCAGCUUGUCGAAGACCGAUUUAUGUGGAGGUUUUAUUCAUGCCUUCUAGACUGUGUUCACGAGGUCCUUACACAUAUAAAAUGCCCUAUUUCUGAUCACGUCUCAAGUUUCAUAGCGGCAUUGAGAAUGUUUUUCUGUUUUGGACUUGCUGGCCCACCUCAGUUCUCUCAUUCUGAUGUUGUUCACAAAGAUAAGCAGUUAGAUGUCAAGCUUUCUACAUUGAUUUCUGGAGCAAGUAACAACAGAAAGAAUACUCCUUAUAGGCCACCCCACUUGCGCAAGAGGGAUGAUACAAACACUAAGCAGCAAGUAUCUUGUGACUGGCGGCGCCCGGCUGCUCAUGAUUCUGGUUGUUCUGAUGUUAUAUCAUCAGAUUCUGAUUUUAGCGACAGUGACUGUUCUGCACGGGAUUCUUAUUUGGCCCAAAGCUCGAAGGUCAGGAUAGCUGCUAUUGUUUGCAUACAGGAUCUUUGCCAGGCUGAUUCAAAGUCAUUUACCACUCAGUGGAUGACUCUCUUUCCAACCAGUGAUGUACUCAAGCCAAGGAAAUUUGAAGUUACUCUAAUGACCUGCUUGCUUUUCGAUCCUCAUUUGAAGGUAAGGAUUGCAUCAGCGUCAGCUCUUGCCACCAUGAUGGAUGGGCCUUCAUCUAUUUUCCUUCAAGUGGCAGAGUACAAGGAAUCCACCAAAUAUGGAUCUUUUAUGCCCCUCUCCAAUUCCCUUGGUCUAAUACUGAUGCAACUCCACACAGGCAUUCUACAUUUGAUUCACAGCGAUCAUCAUGGUAGAUUGUUGAUUCAGCUGUUCAAGAUCCUAUUGCUUCUGAUAUCAAGCACACCUUACUCGAGAAUGCCAGGAGAAUUGCUGCCAAAAGUUAUAAUGUCUCUGCAUGCUAGGAUUAAUGAGGGGUUUCCUUUAAAAAAUGAUAAAACUGGUCUGCUGGUUGCCGCAGUAGGUUGCCUGACAGCUGCGUUCUCUACGUUUCCUCCUCAAAUGAAAGUACAUAAUAUGCUUUUGGAUGAGACAUCAGCAGGAUUCGUUGGAUGUGAAUGGAAUUCAGGAGUUCUUUCUACUUUAUUUCGUUUUGCUGAGCAAUUUUCUGAAGCAUCAACAUGCAUUGAGGCUCUUCAGGUCCUCCGAGCUGUGGCUCUCAGUUACCCAACUUUAGUGCCAGCAUACUGGGAACGAGUCUCUCUCCUCGUGUAUAAAAUUUUACAGUCUGCUGCUGUUGAAGUUUCUCCAAAGACAUGGAAGGUUUCAGUUAGAGAGUCUGUUGGAUAUAUUGGGGAUAGAAUCCUUACAGCUGCUAUUAAGGUUUUGGAUGGAUGCCUUCGCGCAAUAUCUGGAUUUAACGGAACAGAAGAUCUUCAGUACGAUAGAUUAAUGGAUACACCAUUUACAUCUGACUGCAUAAGGUCAAUAAGAAUCUCAUCUGCGCCAUCAUAUGGAAUUGAGAAUUCCCAAGAGCCAUCUUUUCAGGCAGGAUGUGAGCAAUGGUCUGAGGCUAUUCGUAAACAUAUAGUUCUGGUGUUACACCAUGGUUCUGCAGUGGUGAGGAGUACUACUGUUACUUGCUUUGCUGGUAUUACAUCCUCCAUAUUUGCCGCUUUUAAUAAGCAGGAAAAGGACUUUAUUACUUCAUCAGUUAUAGCCGCUGCAUUGCAUGACAAAACAGCUUCAGUCAGAUCAGCAGCUUGUCGAGCUAUUGGUGUAAUUUCAUGUUUUCCAGAUACUUCAUUAAGUGCGGAGAUAUAUGAAAAUUUUUUCAUAGCUGUUGAAUCAAAUACCCGUGACUCCUUGACUUCGGUGCGUAUAACAGCAUCAUGGGCUUUGGCCAAUGUAUGCGACUCUUUGCGAUACCGCGUCGAUGAUAGGUCUUUUGAAGGGUUUACUACAACUUCACAAGUUGUGGACGCACUAAUAGAAUGUGCUUUGCGUCUUACUGAGGAUGGGGACAAGGUUAAAUCCAAUGCAGUUCGGGCGCUGGGGAGUAUUUCAAAAUAUGUAAAUUUGAGAUUCAUGACAAGUAGAAAGUCAAUGGACCAAGAUAUAUUUCCUUUUCCCCAUCAACAUUCAUCAAAUUCUGACCAUCUAUCUUGCGCGGGAGAUACAAGGUGGUUGGAGAGAACCGUGCAAGCCCUUCUUUCGUGUGUUACUACUGGUAAUGUUAAGGUUCAAUGGAAUGUUUGUCAUGCUUUGAGCAAUUUAUUUUCUAAUGAGACAAUAAAACUGCAAAAUAUGGAUUGGGCUCCAAGUGUUUUUAGUAUUCUACUAUUGCUGCUUCGUGAUGCAUCAAACUUUAAGAUAAGAAUACAAGCUGCUGCUGCUUUAGCUGUCCCAGCAACCCCACUUGCUUAUGGGAGAUCAUUCCCUGAUGUUGUCAAAGGAGUGGGGCAUACUUUACAAAGUAUGCAUUCUGACAAAGAGACCACGCCAGCAAAUUUUAAAUAUAAGAGAUCGCUUGAGAAUCAGUUAACCUCAACCAUGCUGCAUCUCCUGAGCCUAGUUUCAAGCUGUCAUUUUGAAGCGUUGACAGAUUUUCUUAUAAGAAAAUCGUCUUUUCUAGAGGAGUGGUUGAGAGGAUUGUGUGUGACAUUGAAGGAAGAAGACAAUGCGUCUGGAUCAAGCAGCACAAACACUUUGGGUGAGAAGCAGAAGAAAGAGUUGAUUUAUAGAGCUAUACGUUCGCUUGCCAGAAGCUUACGGGAUGGACAAAGUUCUGAAAUGGCUUUAAAGUUGCAGGAGUUAGUAGCAAUGUGAAUUGACUGAGCAAGUAAUGGUACUCGGGUUAACUUGGCCCUGUAAUGUCUUAGUCAAGUGACUAUAAACAAUUCAACACAUGUACAUUAAGUCCCAUGACAAAUUUUGUUAAAAGAAUCAUGGGAGGAUAUACAUUGGACCUAUGAAAAUGUUAUAGAAAAAUAUAUGUUUUCUUUUACAUA